AUGCCGGGUCUUGCGCGCAAGGUCUUGAUCUUUGCCGCUGUCGACGGCCUCAUCAUCCAGCCAUUGUCUUCCAAGGGACAGAAGCCAUUCCAGCCUGCGAGGGUCAAGUAUGGCGAUGCGUCGGUGUCGGCGGCCCGCGACCAGGCCCCUGAUUCGGCAAAGCCCGAUUCGUGGUUUGAAGCGCUCGGCGUCAUUGGAUUGAUUACGGUGUCGCGGUUGACGUACCUGGUGACGAUUACGCGCCGAGAACAGGUUGCCCAGGUGUUUGGGUUGCCCAUCUAUGUCGUCACUCAAGUGGCCGUGACGCCGUGCUCGUCGCAGAGUGAUGCCGAGGAAUCGGUGCGCAAGACGGCACGUCUUUUGCGUACCGAGUCGUCCAACAGCGUGAAUAACGAUGAAGAUGGCAGCAGUGACGAGGACGGAGAGAUGCCAAUUCCGACUCCUGAUGAGGAGGUCGACGACGAGGUUGUCGACAAAGGAGACGUCCCGCCAGACCCCAAGAGCAGCGUUGCCGAAGACGUGAUCCGGAGACGGGGCAGCUAUGGGAGAUUUGCACAGCGCUGGUUUAGUCGAAGCGGGUGGACAGUCGACCAGAGAAGGACUAUGGGGAUGAGCAACUCGCCAACGUCCACGCCGCCCCUUGCGCCAUCGGCAUCACAGACCCCGGUGGUCAGUCUCGCCAGCCUACAGGAAGCGGAUGAGAGUCUCUUGGCCCCGGCAUCUACUCUCCUACCGAAGCUGCUUCGAACCGUCCAAAUACUGUUUGGCUCAUCACGUAGUUUUUACUUUUCCUAUGACCUGGAUAUAACGCGCAGUCCGAGUGACGGUGCCUCGAUUGUCAACCCCAACGGCUCCCUCUAUGAGCAGGUCAAGAAGACAUUCUUUUGGAACCGGCAUAUUAUUCAACCCUUUAUAGAUGCCGGACAAGAUGCCUUGACCCUACCUCUGAUGCAGGGCUUUGUCGGCCAGAGAACCUUUGUGGCGGAUUCUCAGCCUCCCCAAGUAGAUGACCCCGGAGCAGACUCCAUGGAGCUCAAAGAUCUCUCGCCCCCGCCAUCUGCCCCGGGCUCGCCGCCUCCAGGCACGGCGAGGCAUUCUUUAGAGCUGCGUCCUACUGAAAAGAGCUACCUCAUCACCCUCAUAUCGCGACGAUCAACUAAGAGGGCUGGUCUGCGAUAUCUCCGGCGCGGCAUUGACGAGGGUGGUUAUACGGCCAACUUUGUCGAGACAGAGCAGGUCCUUUCAUCUCCUGCAUGGGAUGCCUCUUCCCCAGUGUAUUCGUUUACUCAGAUAAGAGGCAGCAUUCCACUCUUCUUUACCCAGACUGCCUACGCGCUCAAGCCCGUGCCCAUUUUGCAGCACUCUGAGGACGCAAACUACAAUGCCGCCAAGCAACAUUUCGAAAGGCUCUCGGCAUCUUACGGCGCGGUACAGAUUGUCAAUCUUGUCGAGAAACGUGGAGUUGAGGGCCCUAUUGGGACGCAAUAUCAAAAUACGAUGGCGCGCAUCAACGAUGGGCUCGAUGACAAGGCAAAGAUUCCAUUUGAGUGGUUUGACUUUCACCACGCCUGUCGUGGCAUGAAGUUUGAAAACGUGAGCCAUCUGUUGUCCACAUUGAAAGAUCAAUUAGAGACGCUGGGCAGCACGGUCAAGAACAAUGGUCAGCUGGUCCGCAAGCAACAAGGUGUCCUUAGGACAAAUUGCAUGGACUGCCUGGACCGAACAAACGUCUGCCAGAGCUCUUUUGCAAAACACUUGCUAGAUUUACAACUGAAGGAACAAGGCAUAGACAUGAGUGCGCAGAUAGACCAAGAGACGGCCUGGUUUAAUACUCUCUGGGCUGACAACGGCGAUGCCGUUUCAAAGCAGUACGCCUCUACCUCCGCUAUGAAAGGUGACUAUACGAGGACAAGAAAGAGGGAUUACAGGGGAGCACUGAAUGAUCUCGGCAUAUCUCUAACACGUCUCUAUACUGGCAUGGUCAACGACUACUUCAGCCAAGCUGCCAUAGACUUUUUGCUCGGAAAUGUCAGUGCCAAAGUAUUUGAAGAAUUCGAGAUGGACAUGAUGACCAAGGAUCCGGCUGUUUCCGUGGAAAGAAUGCGGGAGCGUGCCGUGGAGCUGUGCCAGAAGCGAGUCGUGGCAGACGUCAAUGAAGAAUUCCACGGCGGCUGGGUCUUGAUUAGUCCCAACGCCGCCAACAUUCUCAAAUCGUGGCCAAUGGAGGAAACUGUCCUUCUCCUGACCGAUGCUGCGCUGUACUUUUGCCGCUUUGACUGGGAUCUGGAAAAGGUAUCGUCGUUUGAAAGAGUUACCCUCGCCAGCAUCACGAAUGUCAAAAUCGGCACUUACAUCACCUCAACCAUCUCGCAGGCGCACAUGAACGAGACGAGGAACGUAGGCUUCGUGGUGUCGUAUCAACCGGGCAAAAGCGAUGUGCGGAGGAGGAACACUCGUACACUGUCGACUAAAGACGCACCGAAGUUCACGGCUACUGGUGAGCCUGUUCCCGCACCAACUAGCUUCGCUGGCCUUUUCUCCGGAGCAAACGCCCCCAAGGAGCCUGCCAUUCGCAAACUCGCAUUCAAGGCGCCAUACGCCGAUUCUUCAAUGCCGGCAAGCGGGGCCGGGCCGCGGCAAACGGAGAUGCAGAUCAUCGACACGAUAUGCUCAGAGAUUGAGCGCCUUGCUUUCGAGCGGCAGCAGGUCAAGGAAGGGGGAGAGCGAAAGAAGCUGGUGGAAAAGGGCGAUAUUAUUUCGCUGGAUACGGCGAGACGCAGUACCGGGCUACUCGAGCAGCUAGGCCACUCGCUGAAGAAGCUGGUGUGGGCAUAG